UGCAGACUGCAGUUCAGACUUCAGUCAAAACAAAACACGACGUAGGGAACAAAGUGAAAUUUGCUUGAUGUAUUAGGUAUCGUAUCGACAUAUUGAUACAAUUAUAAAAAAAUGUAUUUAAUUUUUUCGGAUAUUAAGAUUGUGAUGUAGUCAAAAAUAAUUAUUUUGCUCGCACCUCCAAAUUACUUGUGUUACAAUAAACAAAUAUAAAAAUGGACGGACACUCUUUAGAACAUAGUGAUUCGGAUUCUGGCGAAAGUUGGACUUUACUAGAAUCAAACCCAGCUUUCGCCGACGAAGCACCAGAAUUUGCGGAAACACCUAUCGAAAGUCCAGUAUCAGAUAGCCAUGAAAAAGAUGAUGAUACAGAUGGUAUAUCAAUCAUCAGUGACAGUGACCAUGAAACCCAUUCUCCAUAUCAAAUACAUUUUGAAAAAUAUUCUAAAGAGAUCCGUCCCACAGAAGCAGAGAUUCCCCAAUAUACUUCUGUUAAUCCACAACUGCUCAACUUUAAUACUGAUGAAUCUUUAGGGGCUGAUAAUGAAUUUUUGGGUGAUAAUAAUAAACACAGAAUAUAUGUACAUAAAAGAAAUAAGAGACUCAGUACAGUUCUUAACAUAAUUGUGUUGGGAAGUGUAAUAACAGCAGCAGGUGUUGCUAUUGGACACAUGUGGGGAGCUAAAAAUGAUUGCUCAAUGCAUGUUCCACCUUCAGUUAACAAGAUAUUGUCAAAUUUGUAUAAACUGCAAGAAGAGAAUGCAUAUUUGCGGAACAAGUUAAAAGAAUUAAGUCAGUAUCACCAAAUACAGCAAAAGUUACCUAUUAAAAUCAAUAAAUGCAGGAAGGUAUUUGAAGAGUCAUUAAACAAUAAUAAUGUGAACAGAUUUACAAAAUGUGUUGAUGAUAACAAAUUAGAAAGUCAUUUAGUUGAACCUUCAUUUGAAAGAAAUUUUGUAGCUGACAUUAAUAAGCUUGAAAAUAUUUAUAAAGAUAAUAAGAGUUGGCUUGAUGAAGAAAUCACUAAAAGAUUAAAAGUUGAAAAAAAUAUGUGGAAUAAUAAUAUAAACAAAUUAACUAAGUCAAAUACAAAGUGCAAACAAAACAAACCUUUUCUUGAAAAGAAUGAAGAUGAAUCUUCUAAAUCAAAUAAAAACUCUUUAAUAGAGAAUGAUUCUUUUGAAAUUCCGCUAAUGAGAGUUAGCUAUGCAGAUUCUCUGAAAAGUGAGGAUACAGAUAAGAGGCUGAAUAAAAGAGAUGCUGCCUUUGAAAAUAAUACAAGUAAAUUGCAAAAUAAGAAAAAGAUGAAAGAUAAAGGUGACAAUUUGGAACAAAGUAUAAGUGAUAUAGAACUAAAAAAGGAUGACAGAUAUGUUGGAAAUAAAAGUAGACAGGAAAAGAAGAAACUUAAUCGCCAAAAAGCAUUUAAAAAACAAAAAAGGCGUAAUAAAUAUGAGCAAUGGGAAAUGAAAGGUGGUUUCAUUAGGGAUUAUGAUGACAUAUCUAUUUCAUCACAAGAGGAUUAUAGUCCUAUAACCUCUGAACAAAAAUCCACCAUAACUGAUGGUACAACUAUUGAUAAUUCAGAUAGGUUUAUAGAAACUGAAAACAAUAAAUCUCAGCCCAAUAAACAAAAUAAAAAAAGAAAAAUUUUAGAGGACAGUCCAAAACAAGAAAAUUGGUAUGAUAAAAGAGUUGAGCUACGCAAGGUAGCCAGACAGAAACUUGAGCAAGAAAUGUUUGGUGAAAAGGGCCCAAACACAGCUCGGUGGUACUUUAAGAGAAUGCAGAAAAGAGAACAAUGCCGUACUAAAGAUAAUAGUACAAACAGAAAAUUAAAUGACAAGCGCGGUAUGAAUUACAAAAUGAAACAUUGAGAUAGACAUAAUCACAAUAUAUUAUUUUGACCAUAAGUUAUAAUAGAGGCUAUAAUAUGUAGAACAAUUUUGACAAAUGAAAUUUUGUGUAUUAUAUUAA